AUGGCAGUAGGGGCACACUACCGCAUUGGUGUAGACGUUGACCCGGGGGAAUCGUCCGAGCCCAAUCGCGGCAUUCGGAGCGCGUUCAAGACGCCAACCACGCCAGAUGUCACGGAGGGGAUCAAGGCGGCUAUCCAGGGUGCCAUAAACAAGGCAGAUGUUACCCUGGACAGCAUUGCCUCAGUGAUGAUAGGAACCACGCAUUUUAUCAACGCUGUUGUUCAAGCAGACGAACGCCACCUGCGGCCGGUGGGUGUGAUGAGGAUAUGCGGGCCUUACACCAAGGAGAACCCGGCAUUUCUUGACUUCCCCCCGAUCCUCCGCAGAAUCAUGAGAGGCCACGUUUCCUAUCUGGAUGGCGGGCUGGAAUUCGACACGAGGGAGAUCAUGCCCCUGAAUGAGGAUCAGAUCCGCCAAGAGUGCGCUACCCUCCGCUCCAAAGGCAUCCAGGAUAUUGCCAUUGUGGGCAUCUUCUCUCCACUGGACAUCAAGGGCCUGCAGGAGGAAGCAGUCCGCAAGAUCGUGCUGCAAGAGCUGCCCGACGCAGACGUGGUGCUGUCCAGCGAGAUUGGUCAACUCGGCUACCUGGAGAGAGAAAACGCCACGAUUCUCAACACGUCAAUCUUGAAGUUCGCAAGGUCCACAAUCAAAGGCUUCAAGCAAGCCAUCUCCUUGCUGGGGCUGACGUGUCCCCUCUUUCUAACGCAAAACGACGGCACAAUCAUCGACGCGCUGCAGGCAGAAAAGUGUCCGAUCAAGACGUUCUCCAGCGGCCCCACAAACUCCAUGUCUGGGGCUGCCUACCUGUCCGGUCUAGACACGAGAGGCGCUUGGCCGACGAAUGCACAGGUCAUUGUUGCCGAUAUCGGCGGUACGACGACGGAUGUCUGCGCCCUCCUACCGUCAGGCUUUCCGCGACAAGCCGGGACCUGGGUCGAGAUUGGUGGCGUGAGAAGCUCGUUCUCCAUGCCUGAAGUCUUCUCGGUCGCCCUGGGAGGUGGCACCAAGGUCGAGGUAGACUCGGAUGGAAAAGUCCACGUGGGGCCCGAGUCCGUGGGCCACAGGUUGAUCUCUGAAGGCCUUGUCUUUGGAGGGAACACCCUGACUACUACCGAUGUUGCUGUCGCCCUCGGCAAGGCGAAUAUUGGCGACGCCAGCCGGGUUAAAGACAUCCCAGUCGAGAAGCUGUCCCAGGCACGCUCGCGCAUCAAGAAGCUUCUCGAAUACUCGGUUGACUCGAUGAAGCUCAGCGCUGAUGACGCCACCGUGAUCCUCGUUGGUGGAGGAAGUGUGGUGCACAUGGACGAUCUGGAGGGGGUGAACAAGAUUAUCCGACCGCAGUUUCACGAUUGCGCAAACGCGGUGGGUGCAGCCAUCGCCAAGGUAUCGGGGCAGGUCGAUACGGUCGAGGUACUCGAAGGUCGGGACGAGAAGGAAGUCGUGGCUGCUGCAUGCGAAGAAGCCAAGCAGAAAGCCAUUGAGGCCGGCGCGGACCCCCUGUAUGUCGAAGUGACCUCCGUGGAGAACAUGCCUCUCGAAUACGUAGCGAUGAAGGCGACCAGGUUAAUCAUACGCGCUGCGGGACCAUUGUCCAAGACGGCACUGCUGGUCAGCGGGAGGUACGAAUCUACGACCACGCACGCCGAUGAUAUCACCGAGCAUCAGAAGGCAUCGAUUAUGAGCAACCAGGAGAAGCACGCAUCAGACUUCAUCGUGAGCCCAUCGGCCUCGGUAGAUAUUCGUGACUACAGACCAGAAGUCGACGAGAAGGGGAUUUGGUGGGUGUCCGAGAUUGACUGCGAGUUCCUUGCCACAGGUUGCAGUAUCCUUGCUUGCGGCGGAGGCGGCCCUGGAUACAUGUGCUAUCUAGCAGCUCGGGCGGCUAUCCAGCAAGGGCACCGGCUACCCAUCGUGGAGGCAGAUGACCUCGAUCCUGACACAUGGGUCAUGGGGAGCGUAUCAUACGGUGCACCGACUGUCACGACGGAACGCCUCCCCAGUGGUACAGAGGCAAAGGACGCGACAGAUGCGCUUCUGACUUGCUUCCCAGGCGUCAAGAUGGGAGCCCAGAUUGCUAUUGAGAUUGGUGGCAUGAAUGGCCUGCGACCGCUGGUCACCGCCACGGAUUACAACGUUCCCACCAUUGAUGGUGACUAUAUGGGUCGCGCCUAUCCACGUCUAUAUCUCAUGACGCCGUUCCUCUUUGGAGAGUCUGCCACGCCAUGUACCCAGGCCGAUGGCAACGGCAAUGUGGUGACUGUGCACAAGGCAGCCGACUUCCACGCCGUCGAGCGUAUCCAUCGCAAGGCCGGACUGGAGCUCGGGCUUUUCAGCCAGCUGGUCUGCCCACCCAUGAACGUCAAGCGUGUCAAAGAGGUCGGAACUCUUGGAACUACAUCACUGGCUUGGUACAUUGGCCGUGCCGUCUACCUCGCCAAGCAGCGGAAGACAAGUAUUAUGGACGCGAUCAUGGAGGCCAACCCAUCCGGACGCAUUCUGUACACUGGCAAGAUCAUCUCCCUGACCCGACAUGUCUCCUCGGGCGGCUACACAGAGGGUCUGGUGGAACUCAAGCCCAUCGGCGCCGACGAGCAAGAGUACGGCGACACUGCCCUCACUGACACACGUCACAUGCGUCUUCCUUUCCAGAACGAGUAUCUGUACGCCGAGCUCUUCAACCCUGGCCAGAGCACCAAGGACAGAGGCGAGAUCCUGUGCACGGUGCCGGACUUGAUCUCGCUGGUCGGCACGGACGGCUACGCCCUCGGCACGCAGGAUCUCAGGUACGGGGUCCGUGUCACCGUCGUUGCCUUUACGGCGCAUCCUCACUGGUACACGGAGAAGGGAAUCGAGGUUGGAGGUCCAAAGGAGUUUGGGUACAAGGACUUGGAUUUUGUACCACUCGGGAAGCCCUACUAUGAACCGAAACGGGUGACAAAGGAGUUCAGACCCAGCCGUGCUUGAAACGCUAUAUAAAUCUUGAACACAAUCAGCUGUGAAAUAGUCACCUGGUCA